AUGCGUGUCGCACUGAUUCUGGCGCACGCGGUGCUCGUAAUCUGCAGCUCGCAAGACCGUGACCGCCGUGGCGCACCGGAGCAGCCAAAGGACGUCAAGUACGUCAAAUCACCCAAUGGAGCCGGCAUCGGAUACAAAGCAACCACCGGUGUAUGCGAGACCACGCCUGGUGUCAAGUCGUACAGUGGCUAUAUCGACGUCAAGCCCGACGUCCACAUGUUCUUCUGGCUCUUCGAAAGCCGCAGCGAUCCAGCCAAUGCUCCCGUCACACUGUGGCAGAAUGGCGGACCUACGCACCUUCGAGAGUAUUCCUGGAACAAGAACUCGAACCUUCUGUUCCUCUCUCAGCCAGUCGGCACGGGAUUCUCCUACGGAUCCACCAAGGAAGGAUACCAGACAGCUUUCUCCAACGUCGUUGACAAGCCAACCGAUGAUACCGGGGAAUAUGGCCGCUUCCACCAAGUCGACGCCUACCAAAACGACACCUCCACCCUCGCAGCCGGCAUUGCCUGGGAAUGCCUUCAAGCCCUCUGCAGCGCUCUCCCAACCCUGACCCCCAACACCGUCAAUUCCACCGACUUCAUCUUCUGGGCCGAAUCCUACGGCGGUCACCUUGGCCCCGCCUUCGCCAAAGAAUUCUACACACAAAACUCAAAAGAUCUCCGAACCAAAACUCACCGGCCGGCACCUCAACUUCAAACCCUUCGGCCUAAAACGUACCUCCUCGAGGCCACCCAUCCCCAAAUCAACCCCUACGGCCUCAAACUCAUCAACGACACAAUCUACUCCCACGGCAAAUCCAACAUGUACCGCGAAAACGGCUGCCAAGAGAGCCUCGACUGGUGCGUCUCCUACCCAGGCUACCACGCCCCCGACUCCUGGGUCCGCUACCAAUGCACCCUCGCCCGAUUCAUCUGCCAAUCCGGCGUCGAAAGUCUCUACUACUCCUUCGGCUCCGACUACGGCAGGAAUCUCCUGAACACCAGCGUCAUCCAGAAUGCACUGGGUGUAGAUGUGAAUUACACCGAUAAUGGGGAUUUUGCGCUGAGCUAUCUUCGGCAGAUUGAGGAACUCUUAAAGUAUGAUGUGCAGAUUGCGUUUAUAUCUGCUGCUGGACUGGUGGCGAAGCCUUUCACCCGCAUCUGGGAAAGCGGCCAUGAAAUUUCCUACUUCCAGCCCGAGGCGGCGUUCGCAGUGUACAUUCGCAGCGCGCAUGGGGUUGAUAUCGCUACGGGGAUGGUUGACACGAGGGGAAAUAGUACGUAUGGCACCAAAGGUCCCGAGAAGACGACGUAUAGGAGGGAGAUUUCGAAGGAGGAGUGGCCUAAAUGUCCGGAGGGCGGGUAUGCGGAUUGGUAG